AUGGCGCCUUGCGUCAAUUCACCUCCCACACCCGCAACGAAUAAAGCUUUGGCAACGUUCGACAUCCUUGGGGUCAUCUUCGAAGCCUGCCUCGCCUUGGAUAUCUCCAUCACAUGGCAGAACGACGUUCGGCAAAAGAUGGCUCUUGGAGCGGUGUGCGGGUGUUGGAAACUCGCCUUGGAGUCUAUUGCCACCUUAUGGUCGCACAUAAUUCUGGUCCCGCGAAUGCCUCAGUACUACAUCAACAAGGUUUUUUGGCUUGCCCGGGCAGCUCCGAAACGAUUGCGCAUCGACCUUGACCUGGACUCGGAAUUGGAUAUCAUGUUUUUGUCUUCGAUUGCCGCUCUGCUGGGUGCCAAAGCGGAGACAGUCACACAUAUCUCCCUGCAGUAUUGCUCCCACUCCGCCUGGGACAUCUUUGUUGACCACUUAUUGGCCGUCAAACCUCAACCAACCUUCGCCUCGCUCGAGGAAUUCUCCGCCACUCCGAUCUCUUUGGGUGAAUGUGAAUUUGACAUCGAGCCCCCUCCGUUGUUGGGUCUUGCCGUUGGAUUUUGCCAUCUCAAUGAGUCAUCUCCUCGCCCAUUUUUAGUUGCCCCUCAUAUCACAUCAUUGGCCUUGACACAUGUCAAUGGCCCCGUCGCUUCCGAUUUUGCUAUGGACCUACUCGACUGCCUUCGCCAGACUCCCAGCCUCGAAACCCUUGCUCUCGAUAUCAAUGAGCCCCUCGUUGCCAAGUCUACUUCCCACCAUCCAAUCAUUCUUCUUCGCCUGAACCACUUGACAUUUCUUUGCAACACGCUCUACCCUCACGCUUGCGGAUCGUUGAUCUCCCCGAUGUACACCCCGCAACUACGGGCCCUUUCAUUGCGACUUGCUAGCGUGCACAAUACGGACGACUUUCUCUCGCUAAAUAAAACUCGCCUUCAUAGCGUCACUUUCUUGCGUCUAAUUGGGGAUAUUUCCGCAUAUAUGGAGUUUAUUGGCGGUCAAGUAAGGCUUUUGCCUUCCUUGAUGGGGACUCGACUCCGACAUUUGGAUCUCCUUGAUCUGGGGAUCCAGGUUUUGGUUGGCGACCAAUUUGUCGAAAUUCUUGCACACGCCCUUUCCUUUCAGGCCAUUCGCCUUAUAGUCAUACGGCAGUUGAAUUUGCCGCAACGGCCGGACCAGAUUGGCAUCCUGUGGUCCUUGCUCAAACCUGCUUCAAUCGAUGCCCCAACAAAAAUCAUUGUCAUGGAACACGUUCUGUGCCAAGGCCUGGCGGAUGAGGAACAUUCGGCUUGCGCUUCCAUGUGGUCUUGGGAACAUGGACUUCGCUCAACAUGGCGAGCCAGCCACUCCAAGCUUUCCUAA